UAUAGUGAUAUUAAGGAAAUUAAAAGUAAGCGAAAAUGGAAAUCGAAUCAUACGCGUUUUUUUUUACCGUUGGGGUCCAUCAACGUGUAUUUUCAUCUCUAUCACAGAGUCUCUAAUCUCUAUAAAUACAUAUCCAACCACAGUUUCUCUCUCAAUUUCAUUCUUCUGCUUCUUCUUCGUGUGCGAGAGCGAGAAAAACGAAAACCAGUGUGUGUGUUUCGGAUUAUUUUUCCAAGAGAAUCACCAUGCGAUCAUCUCCUUCUUUCUCUUGUUCCAGUUCGUCUUCUUCUUCUACUUCUAAUUCACUCGCCGCAACAAGUAUGACCAACAGACUCGAGACCAUCUUUAAGAAAGCUUACGAGCUUUCCACUCUCUGUGAUGUCGAAGUCUGCGUCAUCCAUUACGGACCAGACGGCGAAUUGAAGACAUGGCCUGAGGAUAGACAGAAAGUGAGAGACAUUGCUGGAAGGUUUAGUCAGUUAGACGAAGCCAAGAGACGCAAGAAAAGCGUCGAUCUUUAUGGGUUCCUCGAGAAGAACAAGACGAAGAUGACGAAUUUGACGAAGAAGACGAAGAGGGAUGAAUUAAAGUAUCCAAUCUCUGAUCAUUAUUCUCCCGACCAAAUCUCCCAACUGAUUCAGUCCUUGGAACUAAGUUACUCUAAAUUGCAAGAAAGGCUUCGUUUUCUCGAGACACAGAACCAGAAAAAGACGAACUUGGAGGAUCACAAGGGUUUAAGCCGUCCAAUGUCUCUGAACCAUCAGGAUCAUCAUCAGACCCAAUCCUUAAACCCUAGCAAGUUCUCGCUAGUUAUAUAUAACCAUGAAGAUGCUCUACUCUCUCAAAUCCCACUCUCUGCAUCAACUUUCAACCACUCUGUUCCCACUCAAUUCACCAAUUACACAGGUGAUUACUCGAUGAAUCAAGAGCUUUAUGGUUGUGAUCAGAAUAUGUUUAUGGGUAACAACUUUCAACAUCCUUGCGUCUCCAACACACACGAUUACUCUACAGUACAAGAAUCUGUGAGUAUCUACGGGUUGAAUCAAUUGAUGCAGCAUGAGCUUAAUGGAUAUGAUCAGAACAUGUGUAUGAGUGAUAUUACCAAAGGCAACUACUUUCAGCAUCCUUUCGUCUCAAACACACAAGAUUACUCAUCGGCGUCACAAGAAUUUGCAAAUAACUACGGGUUGAAUCAGUUGAUGCCGAAAGAGCUUCAUAGUUAUGAUCAGAACAUGUGUAUGAAUGAUAUCACCAACAGCAAUGUUCAAGAUCCUUGUCUCUCAAGCACAGUUUCAGAUGCGGUCUGUUCUGAUUUUCAGGACCCAUAUGGUUCUAUGGUCGGUAACACUAGCUUUUCUCAAGACCUUUCAGAUAUGUUUUCAAGCUAUGAUGUUCAAUGUGCUAACACUAGCAGUCUACUUCAGACAUCUACUCUACCAUCUCUCUACACCAUUCCUAACUGCUAGACUCCUCUGAUAAC